AUGUGUCCUCUCACUCUGUUCAAACCUCGGAGAGGGAAAAGAGACAGUCCCAGUCUGCGCUCCUCUGUCUGCACGCCGCCAGCAGGCUGAUCGCUGUCUGCUGCUCCUCACUAAGUCCUGGAAAAUAUCCUGCGGAGCCACGUAAACGGCGUUUCCUUAUAUAACCAGAGACGAAACUGCAGCAGAGUCCCAGUGCUGGUCCAAGAGAUGUCUUGCGUGCAGAAUAUGAGCACCUUACACCCCAACAGAGCCCUGUAACCAAUGGCAACCUCAGUCCAAACUCUUCCUCUGACCCGUGGCCCCAACAAAAACUUCCGUAACCCGUUGCCCCUCUUGUCCCGUUGCGGCAUGGGAAGUGUAGGCAGUCUGGUGGAGAGACCAGAUGUGUCUCCGACUAAAGGCAGCCGUGCAGUGCCUCAGGUGAGACCCAAACAGACCAACAGUCUCCUGAAGAAAGGCUUCACCCAAAGAGAGCUACUCAACUACCUCAACAUCACCAGGAAAGAACCUAAAGCAAGCGGUGACGGUAAGAAGGACGAUAUCUCCGGCCUCGGCUCUGCCUGUGGCCGUGAGGAGGACAACUUAUACGCCAAGGUCUACAACAAAGACGGCACCGAAGUAGAUUUGACAAAGAACUCACUGCCAAGUGCGGGCAAGUAUGAAAAGGCUCGUUUAAGGUCUGCCUUCAAGCCUGUCACCCCCAAAAAUUUCUGCUCCAUGCAAAACCUCUAUCCAUCUUCCAAGUCGGAGGACGUGGACCAUGGCCUUUCCAACGGGCUGCACAGAGCCUACGCCCAUGUCCCCAAGGCUGUCUCCACCUCUUCCUCCUCUUCCUCACCCUCCCGUCACGGAGCACCGACAUCCAGUGGUAACAAGGCCCUCUCCUCGGUGCGUGGGAUGAGCCAGGAGGAUGACAAUCUGUCAGACUCGGGCCAUAACUCCAUGAGCAGCCUGCCGCCAUACAGGCCUCCCUUCCGCCCACACCUGUCUCACAUCAGUGCGUCUAUGGGACACAUCAACACCAUCGGCUCCCUGGACCGCACCUCUCUGGGCCAGAAGGCUGUGGGGCCAGGGGGCGUGGCCAUAGGAGAGAUGGCCUGUCGGAGCAUGGCAACCCUGAGCCGUCUGGUUCCAUAUGGAGGGGAAGCUCCACCUCCUUAUGAAUGGACACUCUCCCUGUCUGUGGAGGAAGUGGUCCGGGAUCUGGAGGAGCGCCUGGUUGAGAAAGAACACGAGCUGAAACAGAUGAAGAGAAACCUGGAUGAGAGUGAGGGCGCCAUCGCUCAGGUGUUCGAAGGGAAACAGCGUCUGUGGGAGAAGGAGGUGGAGGAGCUGAAACACCUGUAUGCCGCCAAGCUGCGUCAGGUUUCCCAGCAUGCCCAGCGCUCCCAGCGCAGCCUGCAGUUGCAGCUGUUCAAAGCCCAGCAGGAGAAGAACCGACUUCAAGAGGAGCUCGACAGCCUGAAUAGGGAAAGAAGCCAGGAGGCUGGAGCCAUGGUGAAGAGAACCAGUCCCACUCUGGAGGAGACGCAGUGGGAGGUUUGCCAGAAGUCAGGGGAGAUCUCCUUGUUGAAGCAGCAGCUGAGGGACUCCCAGGCGGAGGUGGCCCACAAGCUAAGUGAGAUCUUCCAGCUGAAGACGCAGGUCAGGGAGACCCGCACAGAUCUGCGAAACAGAGAGGGCCAGAUAGAUGCACUGAAGCUAGUCCUGCAGGGGACACAGCAUCGCAGGUGCUCCUCUCAGACUGCACAUGAGGAGGGGAAAGGAGCUGAGGAGAGUCCUUCAGCUGGGGCAACAGGAGGCUGCGGGGGCCCUACAGAGGAGCGUCUGCGCGCAGAGCUCCUUCUGGAGCGACGCCAGAGCGAGGGCCAGGCCAUGGCUUUUGAGGAAGAGAGGCAGACAUGGCAGACAGAAAAGGACAAGGUCAUCCGCUACCAGAAGGAGCUGCAGGCCAGCUACUUAGAGAUGUACCACCGCAAUGAAGCGCUUGAGAGGGAACUGCACCAGCUGAGGGCAGGCAGAGAGCUAGGAGGAGCAGCAGGAGCAGGAGCAGGAGGAGAGAGCAGAAAUGGGACAUUGGAAAGAGAAGUGCCAGAGCUGAGGAGUGAGAGAGAGGGUGAAAAACAAGACGACAGACCUUCCUCUGGUUUGCCGUGGAUAGAGAGAAUUGAAUCCUCUGAAAUUUGAAUGUGACAGACUUAGCCGUAUUUGCAUUGCAAACUGUUUCUCCCAGAAGUAUGGUUUCUACAGAGGUCCAUGUGCCUGCCAAGAACAGGGAAAGAAAUUAAGUCAAAUUAUGAGAUAAGUAACAUUUUUACUUACUAAGCCAACACUUUCAGAAAUAAGUUUUGACAGAAGUCAGAAUUAUUAAAGAUGCCAAGUUAGUAAUUAUGAGUACAUCUUAGUCAAAAUGCUAUAUUAAACAAAUUUCUUGAAAGAAAAUGAUGCAAAAUGUUGAUCCACGAUGUAAAAGUAAAUCAAACUGUCCAAAUGAUGAGACUUUAAGUCACGACAGAGAUAGCACUAUUUCAAAAGUUUGACUUAUUGUCUCAGUAUUUUGACUUUGAUGAUCAUUUUCAUUUGAACUGCGCACAUCUUUUCACCUACCAUUCCACUUCUCCUCUCUGUGAGGAAAGGUGCAUCUCUGGGUUAAGUAUCAAGGAUUAAAGCGAUCUCGUGCCAAGGUACUAAUGCUAUGUCUUUGCCAUCAAGAAAACUAACUGUGUACAAUUCUGAAGAAACUGGAAAUGUUGGACUUUUUCUCAAUCGGUUUCCAGCUCCUGUCACGUGAGAUCUAUAUAUUUUGUACAUAAUGCAAUUUGGAUUUGUUUGGCCUUUUGUCAUUGCGUUUCAAACACACUGUUGUCUUAAAUGGGAAUAUUUUCACGUAUUUUGAUUGCAAUGAAAGAGCCAUCAACGGGUUAGGAAGCUGAACACGACUGCCCUGCUUAUUGGUGCGAAUUGUUGCACAUACCCAGCCAAUAACAAAUAAAUGCAUGACAUAGGUGAAGUUGUUCUCUUGUAUUGUUUAUUAUUAAUAUACGAACAUUCAAAAGCCAGCUGUCAACCGACAUUUCAACAUACUGUGACUCUUGUCUAUUUACUGGAAUUAAAACUGUACAAUAUAAAUGUAUACAUUUGUUUUUGGAUUCAUAAUAAACAUUUAUGAAGUGGUG